UGUGACUAUAUAUAGCCGCGCAUGCUUUUCAUGUCUUUAUCAAGUUGUUAUCCUUUGCCGCGUUCAUGCUGACAGUUAUUUGACUGUUGCUUUGGAGGAGUAGGGAAAGGCCAUUGUAGCCUACAGCCUAAAGAGAUUCAGCACUACAUGUAUCUUCAUACAAAAAGCAAACUCAUUGUUUUACGUCAACCACCAGUAUUCCGAAAAUCUUCAUCAGAUUUUGAGAAGGAUCUUCUGCACAGAGGUCAAGAAUGACGUCACAUGUUACAUGUGUAGUCUAUGCAUCCUCAUGGAGAGGUGUGCUAUUCCUCUCCAUCAUGCCAAACCUUGCAAGAAGUUUCAUUGACUGUACUGGUAUAGGUAUUGGUAGGCCUUAUCAUCCGUCUUGCUGCAUCCCGCAAAUUGUCGACAGGAACACAGUCAACCCAACCUUCAUUGUUAGACCUGUUACUGUUGAUCGAUGGGAAUUGGAUGUUAACAUCAGCUGGGCCAAGCCUCAAGGAGAGAUGAAUUUUGAUGCUUAUGGUGUUCAUAGGUUAGAUUACACCAGACUUCCUCCAGUCAUUGCCAGUUGUGACGAUUAUUACUCGAACUUAAUCAUUGUCCAAGUGGAGUGGAUACUUUUUAGAAACGUCCCUUUUGGAUCGACCCCGUUUUUCAUUGUUUUUACCGCCAACCGAACAGCUGAGCUCAUUAACCGAGAACAAAGUAUCAAGGAAAUCGCAAUGGCAGAUUGCUACGACAGUACAAGGAGUAUUUCCUUCUGUCGAACACAAAGUAUAGAAGUGGCAGGGAGUCCGAUCGACUUACGAGUGGACUUGAUAAUUGCGGAGGAGCAAGCGGGAGAUGCCACACCCAUAGUUUCAGUUAUGGUGUCAUGGAACCCACCAGUACAGAUCAAAAGCAAUGCCACGUUGGUAGGAUUCGCUCUUGUGUGGUACAUGAACGAAGCUGUACAGCUACCAGCAGUUAACAUUGCUGUCCCGAUGAGCAUGCGUGAAUAUGACGAUCCAUUUAGCUUGUCGUUCAACCAUUCUAUCCAAGGUGUGGAGGUGACCAACGAAAAUAACUUUCGAGUACAGGUGCGAGCUAAGAUUAAUGACACAGAAUGCAGUGGCGUAACCUGUUUAGGAAAUGAGGCCGUGCUCUCUUUCUCUGUUGGUCCUGAAAAUGUUACUACCGUAUUACCUGACAGCCCUACGAGUACGAUAUCUGGUCCUAACGGUGACGUUUCUUCAUCUCAACCCAUUCAGUACAUUCCCUAUCCAACACCAAGCAUUUUACCAUAUGUCUUGGCUGGAGUUGCCACUUUACUUCUGUGUCUUUUGCUACCUGUUUUGUUUCGGCACCUCCGCAAGCAGAGAAGGCCAGAUUCGAUGAGCCAGUUCAUACCAGAUCAUGAAGAAUCCAACUACGCUUCAAAAUCAAUUUCGAUAAGCAACGUCAUGGACGAAUCAUUUUCCCACUUCGAAUGUGAUCGCAAUGCUUUGACCGAAAUCAGCCCAAUAUCUCAGAUUGGUAAAGGAAGCUUUGGUGUUGUGUACAAAGCUUUUGCUUAUGGUACUGUCAGUGGCAAGCUAGGUUAUUAUCCCGUCGCUAUCAAAGGACUAAAAGAGAACGCAACCAGAGAUUUGAAAGAGAGCUUUUUAGAGGAGAUUCGUUUGAUGAUAGACAUCGGUCGCCAUCCUAACAUUCUUGCCAUUCUUGGAUGCUGUACAGUUGAUGAACCUUACUUACUCAUCACCGAAUUUAUGACGUAUGGAGACCUACUACAUUUCCUGUGGAAGACAAGAGAGAGCAAGCUAACUGAAGAAGAUCCUGUAUACCAGUUGACUGAACUGAAUCUGUUCCAGAUUGCCCGCCAAGUUGCAUGUGGAAUGGAGUAUCUAUCACAAACACGAUAUUAUCAUGGUGACCUUGCUGCAAGAAACAUAUUAGUGGGGAAGAAUCUAUUGGUCAAGGUGUCUGACUUUGGUUUAUCGGAUGACACUUACGAAAUGGGUUAUAAACGACUUGAUGAAGGCCGAAAGCGAGCAGUGAAAUGGGUUAGUCUGGAGACGAAUACCACCAACAGAUGCUCCAUCAAGAGUGAUGUAUGGUCGUUUGGUAUUGUGCUUUAUGAAAUCUUUACACGUGGAAACGCACCCUAUCAAGGCCUUAGCAACCAAGAAGUGAUUGAGAAGCUAAAGUCAGGAUACCGCAUGGAGCGGCCUAAGGAUUGCCCAUCGGAUGUGUAUGCGAUGAUGCGUAAAUGUUGGCAGGAGAACCCAUCCAAACGACCAUCUUUCACUGACCUAUACCAGUCUUUAGAUAAGAUGUUGGGUCAGCACUCAGACUACUUGAAUUUUGAGGAAUCUGAGACUUGCCCUGGUGAAUCCAAAGAUGUAAGGACAGAAGGGGAACAGUCACAGGACUCUUCCUUAUCUUCGGGGAAACCAGACGAAUUAAAGUUGUGGUUACAUUUGAAUGGUUCUUUUCCAGGGGGUACAAAAACCAUCGAUUUCGUUCCAUUCAAUCAGGUGGGCGAGAAUUUCACACAGAGUAAUAAUUCCUCCAGUCGGAGCGUUGAAUUGGAAGAAAAGAUAUUCAAACGUGAUCGUGAUUGCGAUGUUUUAACUGCGUGAUAUAAAAUCACAUUGACUCAACUGACUCUGCGAAAACGGGAAAAAUUUACACUGGGGAAAAUCCGUUUCCACUUCAGAAAAAUCAUAAAAAAUAUGCUGCUUGUAUGAAGGAUUCAUUAUUCUGGUCUUUCAAACAUCACGACUUUUGUACACGGAAUAUUAAGCCAUGUUUAGAUGUCCGUAAAAUGCAUUUCUGAUUGUAUCUUUUUUAUUUUAUGAAGUAUAUACUAUGUUUCUGCAAAUUUACCUAUGGAUUAGAAAUCUAAGUAGUCAGACACAAAUAAAAGUAAAACACCCAAAUAGAUCUAUGGGGUUAUUACUCGUCGAAUGACGAUGUGAAAUCUGCGUAUACAUCAAUAUUCGUCAUGCACCAUUACAUAUUGUAGCAUGCUGGCACUUUAUUCAUUAAUUUUGUCAUGAAUUAAAUGAAGUAAAGCUGCGCUUCCCUGUAAACCAGUGUGUUAUAGCAGAAGUUGGAAGAAGCUAUACUUACAAGAUUAGGUUUUAUGGACCUCACUUUCUCCGUUACAGUUGUAGUUUGCUCCAUAGAGGUUACAAAGACUUGUCGUCAGAGCAACAGCAAAUUUCACAGCAUGAAUAAAAAAAAAGCUCAUUAAACAGGUGUCAAAAUACCAAAUUCCCUUAAUGCCAAGUAAAUAGAACAGAUCUUUCUGAGUAGUUAAUAUCAUUGUCAUUUUCUACGCAUUUAUCCUGCAGUAUAUAGGCCUUAAUAUCUAGAUUAAUAUAGGGAACCAACAUACUAGUAUGUCUUGCUGUAUAUUAAACUGUAACACAGCCGUUGAAAACUGCUUUUCAGUGUUCUUUGAACACCAUUUUAUGUAUGAAAUUCUUCACUUGGCCAUUUAUGUACAUAUUUUGCUAAGUUUUAAGAAACAAUUUGUUCUUUUUUAACUUAAUUUUGUAGUGUUUAGUAGCUUCCCAAGCUUUUCAAUAAUAUUUUGAUUACACCUGUGUUAAUGUAAUAUUAAGAUAAAUUUCCAUUGAAUUUUUCUUAUUUUUAAUGGAAGGUCACUGAAGACUUUCUGCAGUUCCUUGGUUACUUCUUGUAUAAUCAUUAACCGCACUGUGCUGAUGGUAUUCUUAUUCAUUAAUUUUGUUGUAGAUGAUUCAUGGGCUGAACGAUUAGUUCACAACUUAUCGUUUGGGCGUGUUUUAACAAUAAACACGUGUGACCGAGUUAUGCCCGAA